GUAUAAAUGUAAAAUUCCAAGACAAAAAUGGCACCCACACACUAAUGUAGCCGUUUCUUUUUAGUUUUACCUUCCUUUCAAAAAAACAAAGAAAAAAAAAACAGAAUAAUUUAAGCACAGCUAGAUAAGCUUUAGCAUAGCGAUUGUUGCAUCUGCAGGAGUUUUGGAUAUGGAAGCUCUGAGGAUUCCUUCUCUUGAUACCACUAACUUCUGCAUUUCCCCCUCAGCUGUAGGGAAAACCAGGAAACUUCGAGCUGGGUACCUUCUCCCAAAACUUUCCUCAGGACCUUUCCAUGGUUCACUUCUCAGACCCCACAGAAGUCAUUGUCCCCCAUGCUUGAUAAGGAUGGAGGCGGAUGACCCAGCGAAACAGAUGAAGGAGAUGGCUGACGCCAGAAAGAGAUGGGACAAACUGAUCCGGGAGGGAAAAGUUAAAGCCCUUACCCCAAGGGAAGCUGGUUAUGCGAUUCAACUUUCAAAUAAAUCCCUUCUUGAUGUUCGGCCAUCCAUAGAGCACAAGAAGGCUUGGGUGAAAGGGUCCACUUGGAUUCCCAUAUUUGAUGUCGAUAAUAACUUGGAAUUUGGAACUCUCUCCAAGAAGAUCACAAAUUUCGUCAUGGGUGGCUGGUGGAGUGGAGUUCCCGUCUUCUCCUAUGACAAGCAGUUCAUUUCUAAGGUAGAGAAAAAGUUCCCAAAAGAUGCCGACCUUAUUGUUGCAUGCCAAAAGGGUCUGAGGUAA